AUGGGCAACAUCCUCGGCUCCCAGCGCGUCUUCUACGCGGGGUACGAGUACACCCGGAGCCCUGUGCACGAAUCUAGCGACGAUACAAGCGACGAUGUGGUCUACGCCCCGUACGGUUGGCGCCAGUUCUUCCGGGAACUGUUCGGAUGCCCGCAAAGCGACGGCUCGCAGGAACGGGACUCGUCGGGAGGAUGGGGAGGUAAUGUGGUGGGAGUACAGAGGAGGAAGGGCUGUGUAACCCGCGACCAUUGGGCGCUUAAAUUCAGGCCCGAUAUCGACGCCUCGCAGUUACCGCGGCGGAUUAAGGGGUUCCGGACAAAGAUCCCGAGCCGGUGCAAGGAGAACUGCGGCUGA